AACUGUCCUACCUACAGGUGCUUUACUUCUCCUAGUCAAUAUGCCGACUUUAGAAGCUCCGGAAGAGAGGCUGAGAAAAUUUAAGUAUCGUGGCAAAGAUGCAUCUAUGAGGCGGCAGCAGAGGAUAGCAGUCAGCCUGGAGCUCCGGAAAGCCAAGAAGGAUGAGCAGUCCUUGAAGAGGAGAAACAUCACGGAUGUCUCCCCUGACGCUUCUGAGCAACAGACCAAACGGGUCAGCCUCACCCUGCAAGAAAUAAUCAAUGGUGUCAAUGCCUCAGAUCCAGAACUAUGUUUCCAGGCCACCCAGGCAGCCAGGAAAAUGCUGUCCCGGGAAAAGAACCCUCCUCUGAAGCUGAUUGUUGAUGCAGGGCUCAUUCCCAGGCUGGUGGAGUUCCUGAAGUCAUCCCUUCAUCCCCGCUUGCAGCUUGAGGCAGCCUGGGCUCUGACCAAUAUUGCCUCCGGUACUUCGGAGCUGACUCGUGCUGUCGUGGACGGAGGGGCCAUCCAGCCCUUGGUUGAGCUCCUGUCUUCCCCUCAUAUGACUGUGUGUGAACAGGCAGUGUGGGCCCUUGGUAAUAUAGCAGGUGAUGGACCAAAAUUCAGAGACGACGUUAUCUUGAGUGAUGCCAUUCCACAUCUGCUGACCCUGGUUUCAUCAAGUAUACCAGUCACAUUCCUGCGGAACAUCACAUGGACCUUGUCCAACCUGUGCCGGAACAAGAACCCAUACCCUUCUGAUCACGCAGUGAAGCAGAUGUUGCCCACCCUCUUCCACCUCCUGUGGCACCCAGAUGAAGAGGUUCUCUCGGACACCUGCUGGGCUCUGUCCUACCUCACCGACGGCUGUGAUACACGCAUCGGCCAAGUGGUGGACACGGGGGUCCUGCCCAGGCUGGUUGAGCUCAUGAGCAGCUCAGAACUCAAUGUCUUGACCCCCUCUCUGCGCACUGUGGGGAACAUUGUCACAGGGACGGACCACCAGACCCAGCUGGCCCUGGACGCAGGCAUCCUAGCUGUGCUGCCCCAGCUCCUCACACACCCCCGCUCCUCCAUCCAGAAGGAGGCAGCCUGGGCCCUAAGCAACGUGGCCGCGGGGCCCCGCCAGCACAUCCAGCAGCUGAUCGCUUGCGGUGUGCUGCCUCCCUUGGUGGCUGUUCUAGAAAACGGAGACUUUAAAGUCCAGAAAGAGGCUGUCUGGACAGUGGCUAACUUCACAACUGGGGGCACCGUGGACCAGUUGAUCCAGCUUGUCCAGGCUGGAGUCCUGGAGCCACUAAUAAAUCUUCUCACCAUCCCAGACACCAAAAUUGUUCUCAUCAUUCUCGACAUCCUCUUUUUUAUCCUCCAGGCAGCAGAGAAGAUUUCUCAGAAGGAAAGCAUGUGUCUGCUGAUAGAAGGACUCGGUGGGAUUGAUAGAAUUGAGGCUUUGCAACUUCACGAGAACCGUCAGAUUGCCCUGACUGCUCUGAACAUUACUGAGAGACACUUCUCUGAGGAAGAAGAAACUGGCACAACCUUACCAGCCCGGGACCAAGGUCACGAAUUCUUAAAGCACUUAACAAACACAUACCAAAGCUCCACAACUCCUAAAUCAGGGACCAGACCCAAAAAGUCACCUCUUUAAGAACCCCUUCCCCUUGGUGUACUACAGGUAUAAAGCUUUUAAAAUUUGAAUGAUAAUAAAAAUUUCCACACUUUCACCUCCAUCUGUCAAAAAUGCAGUUAAACCACUCGUACCUUAAAGCCAUGUGGAA